UUUGAAUUCGCGUGCAUUUCGUUCAUUUUACCAUUCGUCACCCUUCGUCCGCCUAUGUUCGGUCAGGUGUGAGGGGGCUUUUAAGCCAAUUGUGAAAUGACUGGCAACCUCCAAUACAAAGCCAAUGCAACCAUUAGCAUGAUUACCCACCAUGGAGCUAUUAACACAAAAUAGCCCCAUGCAUUCAUCAGCCCACAAACGCAUGCACAACCGCAUCGAUGUUAGAUCUCGAUCGUUUGGCAUUGUCCAUCAUUCAACCCCAUUCAACGUACGAUUUUGAUGCCGAUGGUGGAUGUGCGUUACCAAAAUUUCUCUCCGCCAGGCUUUCUUGAUACUGUUUUAUAUUAACAUCCUAUGGUGGCGAUUCAUCUAUUACCUGGGCUGUGUUCGGCUGUGUUUGAAUCAAUUUCACAGAAACUCUACCUAGAGUUGUUCGGUGUUUUUCUCUUCAGUUUAUAGGCGCUCCGCUCUCUCUCUGGAGGCAAAUGCGUGAUGUACUAGGAUGUAAUUAGUAUGGAGCUAAAAUAUGAUAGGCGGAGGUAGAAGUACGGGGACGGAGUUCAGGUGGAUACGCUCAGUAAGUACUACGAUAAGCUCUUAGCCGCCAUGAAGACUACCCAAAUCAUGUUGCUAUCGUGUUUUUUGUUAUUAGCAUCGCAUACGUUCACUUGUAUUCUUGUCAUCAAACUGCGUGAAGGACGCCACGACUUUACUCAAAAAUUUGUUAAAAAUGUAUCGCAAUCUUCACCAUGUUAUUUGCGGGUUCAUGUUUGGCGUGACGAAGAGGCCCAACGAUCACCCCAGAAAUUUGAAUGCCCGGGGCUGAAAUGUGGUAUUAUUUUCGUCCAGGAUGUGAACUACGAUACGAUGAAGUCAAGUGAUGCGGUGGUACAUGUAUCGUAUUGGGAUUGGAGCAGAGUGCUCAAGGAAAGACCACCGAAUCAAGUUUGGAUUUUUUUCACACUAGAGAGCCCUAAACUCACUAUACCUUACAUGAUACCACCUCGCGGGUAUGACCGCGUAUACAACUAUACAAUGUCUUACCGGCCAUCGUCUACGAUACCUAGUCCGUAUGGUUUUUAUGAUAGUACUGUGCCGCAGUUAGCCACUGACGACGAUCGUAACUGGGCCUCAGGGAAAACCGAGCUAGUAGCUUGGGUUUCAUCCAGAUGCAAAGACAAACGUCCCGGUGGAUAUCGUUCGUGGCGGCGCCUUGAGUUUGUGGAGACACUUGCAAAGCAUGUUAGUGUCAAUAUGUAUGGAAAAUGUGGAAAUAAAGAAUGUGAUAAUAAGGAGGGCGGGUGCUGGAACUUCCUGAGGACUCAUAAGUUUUACCUGGCUCUGGAGAACACCGAAUGCAGGGACUACAUCACAGAGAAAUUCUGGUUUAACGCGCUCCUGAACGACAUGGUUCCUAUCGUCUACGGCCCUCCGCGUGAAGAUUAUGAGCGCGUAGCGCCACCGAAUUCUUUUAUCCAUCUUCAGGAUUUUAAAAGCUUCCAAGAACUUGCCGAUUAUAUCAAACGUGUAGAUUUAGACGAUAAGUUAUACAAUUCAUUUUUUGAAUGGAAAAAACAGGGAACGGUAAGGUACAUGGGUGCACAGUUGAUACAUGAGCCGGAGUUUAUGUGCAAAGUGGUAUCUAAAUUGUUGGAUUCAGAAAAGAAGUCACGUUAUUGUAGCCAGGCCAUUGGAGAGAUGAAUCCAUCAAUAAAUGAAUUUUUGUCAACUUCAUGCUUCGAACCGACCGGAUUUCCUCACGACUUUUGAAGUGUCAAUAGCGAUAUCCACACUGUCAGAACUCGUUCAUCUCUCUGUUGAACUAUCCAAUAUUGGACAGCAAAAGUAGCUGUCGUUUGACGUGGAAUAGUGUUGUUUUAAUCAAUGCACCUUGUUAUGUUAAAAGUGCACUAAACCUAAUAAUAUUCCAGAGUAGAAACAACGUGAUGUGUCUUUGUAAUGCUGUGCCUUAAAUUGUUGUGGAAAAUAAUCUCAAUGAAGCUAACACGGAAUGGGACUCCGACUGGUUGAUUUCCAUUCAAAUAAUAUUCAUGGUCCUGAAAAUCAACAACAACAAAAGCAAUUCGAGAGUCUGAAGGAUCUGAGAAACCACAUGUAAAAGCAAAUCCAACUUGCUUUAGCCAAUGCCUUUUUCAGUGCUCCGUAUCCCCUGAGAAAGGUGCCAUAUACACACGAUAUAAAUCCAAAUAUUGUUAUUAUUUUCAUUCAAAUAUUAUCAUUCAAAUUUUGCAAUGAUUGAUGAUGAAAUCAAGGAGAUAUCUAAGCUCAUUUUCCUUCGAAAAGACUUUGCCUGCCAUGAAAUGAUAAUUGUUUUUUUUUUGUACGAACAUGACGUUGGUCCAUAUAGAAAUCAGCAUUCUGAUCUAAUUAUAAAAUGUUGUAGUGAUGAAAUUGUUGAGUUUAUGAUGCAGUUUUCAGAUGUAACGUAUGGCGGAUGUAUGUGAGGGUGUGUGUGUGUAAAAUAUAAAUUGCAGUUAUCUGAUCGUACUCCAGGAUUGAAUAAUGACUGACGAAAUUAAUCCUCAAAAGAACUUUGUAGGUCCAUGCCAUAUGACCGAGACCUAGAGAAAUUAGUAUGUCAAAGGUUAUUUUUCUGAUCGCUCAUUUCAUUAAAAAAAAUCCUGUUUACUGGAACGACCUUAUGUCCUGACGCUUUGUCAUUUCAAUUCAAUUAAAUUUGAUUUCAUCCAAUAUGAUUUAUAUAUUUUCCCAAUUCAUUUAAUUUUAUAUUCUAUAAAUUGCAAUUAAUGCAAAUGACGAUGUUAUCGCAAAUUAUUUUUGUAAUAAUAAUAGUCCACCGACUAGUAUCAGAGCAUGAAAUGAUGUGUGAGAAAUGCAGACCAAAGUCAUAUUGGUAACACCAAAUAAUCUCGCCUCUCAAUGUGCUUAGUUAGAAUCAAGAUAGUCUGUUGAUAAAAUGGUGACAAGACAAUUACUUCGACGACAAUUGUUCUGGGCAUUAUAUCUUCCAAGAUAUAGGGUUAGGGUUGCAAUGGGAUUUUACAUUGGGUUAAGGGGUAGGUUUAGGGCAGGGUUUAGUGUUAAAUCCAGGGAUGAAGUUGGUCAUUACAUUAAUGUGUGGAAUUUGCAGCGGAACAAUUAUCACCAAAGCAAAUGUCAUGGGACCUUCAUCCUUCCUUUAUUAGCCUACAAGACGCAUUACUGAGCAUGGUCUGUGUAUGUAUGUCCUUGAUUAUAAUAUUGAGCUGGGGAGUGUUUCAUCAGGGCUCAUCAGAGAAAACAAUAUUUUGAUUCACCGUCUAAUAGAUAUAGCAGGAUAGUAGGAAAAUAUGGAAGGAAUUAAACAAAAUUACAGGUAGAGAAAAAAAAACUCAUCACCAUCCAAUUUGGAUAGUGAUAAAUUUUACGAUUUAUUUGUGAACGUUGGAAAACAAAUUUCGGAAACUUUUAAUCACCAUAAUUUAUCAUGGAAUCAUCUAACCAGUAUCCACUCUUUUACCUUCAUACCAAUUAUUCCUGAAAGCACUUAUAAAAAUCUUUCUCUUUUGUCUGAUCAGAGUAGUCUUGAUAUUCUAGACUUUGAUACUAAAUUACUUCGCUUUUCAGCUCCUUUUAUUUAUGAAUCUUUAAAUGACUUCUUUAACGCAAGUUUGAUAUCUGGAAUGUUAACUGAUGAUUGGAAAAUCUAAAGAACUACACCAAUUUAUAAGGGUAAAGGUGACAAUAAAGACAUUUCUAAUUAUAGGCCAAUUUCAAUUGUAUGUCAUAUUGCUAAAUUAUUGGAAAAGGAUGUUCAAUCCCAAUUUUUAUUCUAUUUACAAACAAACAAUCUCAUUAAUAUUGACCAAUAUGCCUUCUUGCAAAAUCACUCAACUAAUACUUGCUUUACAAAGAAUUAUUGAUGAUUGGUUCGAAUCUUUUAAUGAAAAAAGAGAAAGUUGGUGCAUGUUUCCUUUAUAUCUCUAAAUAUUUUGAUUGUAUCUACCAUAACCUAUUACUUUUUAAUCUGAACAAAUUAUUAUGGCAUUUCUGACACUAAGCUCCUCUGUUUUAAAAGCUUUCUUUCAGACAAAAAACAAGCAUUGUUUUCUCAAGGUAAACAAUCUAAAACAAAGGAAAUAUUAUUAGGAAUUCCUCAGGGUAGUAUUUUAGGUCCCUCUCUUUUUUCUAAUUUUUAUGAAUGACAUUACAGAUUCUUUAAAGAAUUGUACAUGUAAUAUAUACGCUGAUGAUGUGGUAAUUCUGUGUCUGAUAAAGAUAUUAAUGUCGUAAUAUCCAAGCUUCAAGUAGAUUUGAAUUUUAUUAAUGAAUGGUAUUACUGUAACAGAUUAAGGAUUAAUGUGAAAAAUGCAAUGUUAUGAUGUUGACCAAUAACGUUAGGAAUAAUAAUGAUCUUAGAUUGAAGGUGCAUAUUAAUAAUGAGAUCACUGAACAGGUACGAAGUAUAAGAUACCUAGGCAUCAUGUUAGAUUAUUAGCUAUGCUGAGAUUCUCAUAUUAAAUAUUUAAUUAAAUCUUUAAGUUACAAGAUAUUUACAUUAAUGAAAAUUUGUGAAAUUUUAAGCAAGGAAGUUUUGAAUAAAAUAUAUAAAUGCACCAUACAACCAACUUUUGACUAUUCUUGUUCCGCAUGUUGCUGGAAACUAAGAAUGAACAACGGAGACUUACUUUCAUACAGUUAUUGUGAAUUAUACAGUCCCCGCCACCAUAAUAUUAUCAUUUUUUUACAGUAAAACAUUCCUCAAUUCGUUGUCAUACCUAUAUGUAGGAGCAAAGUACAACGGCUAUUGCACCAGGCAGACGACAAUCCAUUGUGCCGAAUGUUUUUCAUGUGCAAAUUGUUGACAAUACGAGUAGUCAUUUCCAUUCAGAACAUUUUCCAAAAAUAUUUACAUCUUACCAAUAAGAUUCUAUGACUGGAGUUCCAACAGGCAACAAAUUUAUUCAA